CGGCCCGGGCUGGACGGGAGAUGCCUCUGCUACACCGAAAGCCGUUUGUGAGACAGAAGCCGCCCGCCGACCUGCGGCCCGACGAGGAAGUUUUCUACUGUAAAGUCACCAACGAGAUCUUCCGCCACUACGAUGACUUUUUUGAACGAACCAUUCUGUGCAACAGUCUUGUGUGGAGUUGUGCUGUGACGGGUAGACCUGGACUGACUUAUCAGGAAGCACUUGAGUCCGAAAAAAAAGCAAGACAGAAUCUUCAAAGUUUCCCAGAACCACUAGUUAUUCCAGUUUUAUAUUUAACCAACCUUACCCAUCGCUCACGCUUACAUGAAAUUUGUGACGAUAUUUAUGCAUAUGUCAAGGAUCGAUAUUUUGUUGCAGAAACUGUGGAAGUCAUUAGGAACAAUGGUGCAAGGUUACAAUGUAGAAUUUUGGAAGUCCUCCCUCCAUCACAUCAAAAUGGUUUUACUAAUGGGCAUUUCAGCAGUGCAGAAGGAGAAACUAUUAUCAUCAGUGAUAGUGAUGAUUCAGAAACACAGAAUAGUGCUUUUCAAAAUGGGAAGAAAAAAGAUGUGAUUGAUCCCUUAUUAUUUAAAUACAAGGUACAACCCACUAAAAAAGAGUUGUUUGACUGUGUUAUUGUUAAAGCAACACAAAUCAGUCGGAGAAAACACCUAUUUUCCCGUGAUAAACUAAAGCUUUUUCUGAAGCAACACUGUGAACCACAAGAUGGAAUCAUUAAAAUUAAGCCGUCAACUCUUUCAACAUAUAAAAUAACAGAACAAGAUUUUUCUUAUUUCUUCCCUGAUGAUCCACCUACAUUUAUCUUCAGUCCUCCUAACAGGAGGAGAGGGAGACCUCCUAAACGACUAUCUGUUAAUCAGGAGGACAAUGUUGCUAAUAAACAGAUUAUGGCAGGGUAUAGGAACAAAGCUAUUAAAGAAAGAGAAAAACUUCUGAAACAGGCAGAAAUGAAAUCAUUGGCUUUUGAAAAGGCUAAAUUAAAAAGAGAAAAGGCAGAUGCCCAAGAAGCAAAGAAAAAAGAAAAAGAAGAUAAAGAGAAAAAGAAGGAAGAAUUGAAGAAAAUUGUUGAAGAAGAACGACUGAAGAAAAAAGAAGAAAAAGAAAGGCUUAAAAUAGAAAGAGAAAAGGAAAGAGAGAAAUUACGUGAAGAAAAACGAAAAUACAUGGAAUACUUAAAACAGUGGAGUAAACCUAGAGAAGAUAUGGAAUGUGAUGAUCUGAAGGAUCUUCCAGAGCCAACACCUGUGAAAACUAGACUACCUCCUGAAAUCUUCGGUGAUGCUCUGAUGGUUUUGGAGUUCCUUAAUGCAUUUGGGGAGCUUUUUGACCUUCAAGAUGAGUUUCCUGAGGGAGUAACCCUAGAAGUAUUAGAGGAAGCUCUUGUAGGAAAUGACAGUGAAGGCCCACUGUGUGAAUUGCUUUUUUUCUUCCUGACUGCAAUCUUCCAGGCGAUAGCUGAAGAAGAAGAGGAAGUAGCCAGAGAACAAAUAACUGAUGCCGACACCAAAGAUCUAACAGAGGCUUUGGAUGAAGAUGCAGACCCCACAAAAUCUGCACUGUCUGCAGUUGCAUCUUUGGCAGCUGCAUGGCCACAGUUACACCAGGGUUGCAGUUUGAAAAGCUUGGAUCUUGAUAGCUGCACUCUUUCUGAAAUUCUCAGACUGCACAUCUUAGCUUCAGGUGCUGAUGUGACAUCAGCAAACGCAAAAUACAGAUACCAGAAACGAGGAGGAUUUGAUGCUACUGAUGAUGCCUGUAUGGAGCUUCGUUUAAGUAAUCCCAGUCUAGUUAAGAAAUUGUCAAGUACUUCAGUAUAUGAUUUGACACCAGGAGAAAAAAUGAAGAUUCUUCAUGCUCUCUGUGGGAAACUACUGACCCUAGUCUCUACAAGGGAUUUCAUUGAAGAUUAUGUUGAUAUAUUACGACAGACCAAGCAGGAGUUCCGGGAACUAAAAGCAGAACAACAUCGAAAAGAGAGACAAGAAGCAGCUGCUAGAAUACGUAAAAAGAAAGAAGAAAAACUUAAGGAGCAAGAACAAAAAAUGAAAGAGAAACAAGAAAAACUGAAGGUAGAUGAGCAAAGAAAUUCGGCUGCAGAGACAUCUGUUGGGGAGGAAGAAUUUGACACUAGCACUGAGAGCAAAGAAGUGGAGCAAAAGGAAAUAGAUCAAGAUACAGUCACCGAGGAUGAAGAUGACCCUGGAUCGCAUAAAAGAGGCCAAAGGGGGAGAAGGGGACAAAAUGAGUUGAAGGAAUUUACACAACAGGAAGAGGUCAGGUGUGUAACAAAGGAACCUGCUACUGCUGAUGAGGAUGACAUCUUAAAACAGGAGCACCAACAAAAAGAGAAAGAACUCUUGGAAAAAAUACAAAGUGCUAUAGCAUGCACCAACAUCUUCCCCUUGGGCCGUGACCGCAUGUAUAGGCGAUACUGGAUUUUCUCUUCUAUUCCUGGACUGUUUAUUGAGGAGGAUUAUUCUGGUCUCACUGAAGACAUGCUGUUGCCCAGACCUUCAUCAUUUCAGAAUAAUUUACAAUCUCAAGAUGCUCAGGUAGCCACUAACACUGGAGAACUGAUGUCUGACUCUACCUCCAACGUUGACCACAGUCCACGUGAUGAUCCUGUGCAGCUGCCUAAACCAGUGCACAAGCCAAAUAGGUGGGGCUUCUACAGCUCUUGUGAGCAGCUAGACCAGCUUAUUGAAGCUCUUAAUUCUAGAGGACAUAGAGAAAGUGCCUUAAAAGAGACUUUGUUGCAAGAGAAAAGCAGGAUAUGUGCACAGCUCACCUAUUUUUCUGAGGAGAAAUUUCAUUUUUCAGACAAACCUCAAACUGAUAGCAAGCCUACACAUAGUAGGGGAAGAUCUUCCAAUGUUUAUGAUCCAUCUCAGAUGUCUGCAGAAAAGCAACUUGAAUUGAGACUGAGAGAUUUUCUUUUGGAUAUUGAAGAUAGAAUCUACCAAGGAACAUUAGGAGCAAUCAAGGUUUCAGAUCGACACAUCUGGAGAUCAGCACUAGAAAGUGGACGAUAUGAGCUAUUAAGUGAGGAAAACAAAGAAAAUGGGAUUAUUAAACCUGUGAACGAAGGUGUAGAAGAGAUGGAAACUGAUGAGCAGGCAAAGGUCGUAGUGAAAGACAGACUCUUGGGCAUAAAGUCAGAAACUCCAAGUACUGUGUCAACUAAUGCAAGCACCCCACAGUCAGUGAGCAACGUGGUUCACCAUCUGGCCAUGGCACUUUUUCAGAUAGAGCAGGGCAUUGAGCGGCGUUUUCUCAAAGCUCCACUUGAUGCCAGCGACAGUGGGCGUUCCUAUAAAACAGUACUGGACCGUUGGAGAGAGUCUCUCCUCUCUUCCGCUAGUCUAUCCCAAGUAUUUCUUCAUCUCUCCACCUUGGAUCGUAGUGUGAUAUGGUCUAAGUCUAUACUGAAUGCCCGUUGCAAGAUGUGCCGUAAGAAGGGCGAUGCUGAAAACAUGGUACUUUGUGAUGGCUGUGACCGCGGGCAUCAUACCUACUGUGUUCGGCCAAAGCUCAAGACUGUACCUGAAGGAGAUUGGUUUUGUCCAGAGUGUAGGCCAAAGCAGCGUUCUAGAAGGCUGUCCUCUAGACAGAGACCAUCCUUGGACAGUGAUGAGGAGCUGGAAGACCACGUGGAAGAUGAGGAUGAAGUUGAUGAUGAUGAUGAAGAAGGUCAGAGUGAGGUGGAAGAGUAUGAGAUAGAGCAAGAUGAAGAGUACUCUCAAGAAGAGGAAGAAGUCAGCCCACCGAAACGAGGAAAACCACAAGUUAGAUUGCCAAUCAAAACAAGAGGGAGAUUAACCUCCUCUUUCUCAAGCCGUGGCCAGCGACAGGAUCCUGGAAGAUGCUCUUCAAGGAGUCAACCGAGUACCCCCAAAACAUCUGCUACUUCUAAAUCUACUGGUAGAAACCUAAGAAAGAUCAAAUCUGCUCCUUCGACAGAAACAAAACCUGUAAGAAAUGCCAGUCGUUCUACUCGCCAGAGUCGAGCUCCGCUGCAAGCAGAUGUAUCUGUAGAACUACUUAGUCCACCUCGAAAACGCAGAGGCAGGAAAAGUGCUAACAGUACUCCAGAGAAUAGUCCCAACCUGUCUAACUUCAGAAUCAUUGCCACAACAUCAGAUAAUGAAUCCACGAGAAGAGGCGGGAAAAGACAAUCUACAGAAUUAUCUCCUGUAACACUGAAUAGAAGGAGCUCAGGCCGACAGGGGGGAGUUCAUGAAUUGUCUGCUUUUGAACAACUCGUUGUGGAAUUGGUCCGGCAUGAUGACAGCUGGCCUUUUCUGAAACUUGUUUCUAAAGUCCAGGUCCCAGACUACUAUGACAUCAUCAAAAAGCCUAUUGCCUUAAAUAUAAUUCGUGAAAAAGUGAACAAAUGUGAAUAUAAAUUAGCGUCUGAGUUUAUAGAUGAUAUCGAGUUAAUGUUUUCGAACUGCUUUGAGUAUAAUCCCCGUAAUACAAGUGAAGCAAAAGCUGGAACAAGGCUUCAAGCAUUUUUUCAUAUUCAGGCUCAAAAGCUUGGGCUCCAUGUCACACCAGGGAACGUGGACCAAGUAAGCACACCACCAGCUGCUAAAAAGUCACGAAUCUAAUUUUGUCCUUCUAAAGGAUAUUUGAGAAAAGAAACUGUUCAUGAAAGUGGAACAUUAAAUCAUGCUCUAAAGCAGACAUAUAUAUGUAUAUAAAGCAAUAACAACUGAUCGACCACACUGAAGUGUGGCCUGCACUAUAUUCUCUAUUUUAAUAUUAAGCACUCAGGAGAAUGUAGGAAAGAUAUUCUUUGCUACAGUUUUGUUCAGUAUCUAAUAAGUUUGAUAGAUGUAUUGGAUACAGUACUGGUUUACAGAAGUUUUUGUACAUUUUGAGAUCAUUCAUGUGUCCCACUAUAUUGGAAAAUCUUUUCAUCUAUGAUUUAUCUUUGUCAUUAAUGUUUUUUUUUUUUUUAAGAACUAUGGUAUCAAGGAGAUUUAUCUACACAGAUAAGUCUUCUGUUACAGCACAGUAAGGGAGACAGAUGUAUAAGAGUUGUUUAAUGAGCAUAUUCUUUCAACACUACACAUGAGUGAAUCCAAUUUUAUAUCUUGAAAUGCUGUAACAGUGCUGGCUGGAGGUAUUGAGUCUGAGUUUAUUAACUAGAUAUUUAUUUAGCAUUCAAAGUAAUUUGUGAAUUUGUUUUUGUAUUUAUAAAAUUUGUACCUGGAACAUGUUCUUUAAUUUUGUAAGCAUUUAUUGUGUUUUUAUUUCGCUAACUUCCUUACUGAUCAAUCAAUAAAGGAUAACACCCUCCCUUUCCCCUGAAAGUUCUUUCAGUUUUAUAGAGCCAUAUUUCAAGUUUAUAAGUACUACUUAUUAAGUAUUCAAGAAAAUGAUGUUAUUUUUUUUAAGUGUUCAAAAUUUCUGGAAUUUUUACAAGUCGGAAUUAAACUUCUACACAAGACACAGA